UAGCCCUUCCUCGAACUGGGAAGUCCCAGCGGACGCCUCCGCUCCCGGCAGGCAGGGUGAAACACACAGAGGACCCCCAGAACCAUGGCAAAAUUUCUAAGCCAGGAUCAAAUUAAUGAGUUCAAGGAAUGUUUUUCCCUGUAUGACAAGAAACAAAAAGGCAAGAUAAAAGCCACUGACCUGCUGGCAGUGAUGAGGUGCCUGGGAGCCAGCCCGACGCCAGGAGAGGUGCAGAGACAUCUCCACCUGCACAAGAUCGACAGAAACGCAGAGUUGGAUUUCUCCACUUUCCUGAAUAUAAUGUACAGGCAAAUGAAGCAAGAGGAACCUGAGAGGGAAAUCCUUGCAGCCUUGUCCAUGAUGGACACGCAGAAGAAAGGAGUCAUCACCGUUUCACAGCUGAGAGCCAAACUAACAAGACUAGGAGAAAAGCUUUCUGAGGAAGAAGUUGAUGAGCUGCUGAAAGAAGCCAAAGUUGGACCAAAUGGAACAAUAAAAUAUGAAGAAUUUGUCCGCAUCAUUUGCCUUCCUAGAGUUGACUACUGAAGUUCAAAGUUACUGAAGUUCAAAACAGGAGACUUGGUAAGAGCAGGACCUGAAACUUUCUGACUUCAUUUUUUCCUAGUUACUGCUUGGACUUGGGAGUCAUCAUUUGCCUUUAAAAAAAUCCUUAUUUUGCCUGGAUGUGCUUACACUUCCACAGGCUCCCACCCCAUUCCUGGAGGAAUGUGGUCACAAAAUGGGAGCACUCUGUUACUUAAAUAAACUGAAUGUGAUGUUC